UGUUACAUACGUGUCGAAAUCCGAACCGUACAUUUAUCCUGAUCGGACGAUUUGAACUUGUGGACCGGCGCUUUCUCCCGCAUCCCGAAAUAUCGCCGUUUCUUGUGCCAUGUGAACUGUUCUUGCAUCUUUUCUAACCGCAACUCCUCCACGCCUGCCCUCCUCUUUAUCUCUUCCUCUUCACUGCCCUUUUCCCAGAUUUCUCUCUCUCAAUCUCUGUAUUUUUCUAGGGCUUGCGAUUUUCUUCUUCUUUUACAGCAGGAACGAAGUUUGCAACCCAUGGCGGAUCGGCCUCAUCACCCAACUGUUAUUCAGAAGGUAGCUGGUCAGCUCCAUCUCAGCUCCAGCUUCUCCCAAGAUUUGCAAGCUCGGAACUGUGGCUUGUAUAAGCCAGCUCUGUACCAGAGGAGUUUUGCUAAUGGGAGGUAUAGCAAUGGAGGACUGCAGAUGCAAACAGGGAGUGGUUGCCAUGAUCUAUCCAUGGUUUCCUCUGCAUCACCUGUUUUUGUACCAGCACCUUCAGAGAAAGGGUUAGCUGGCUUUGCCAUUGAUUUCCUGAUGGGUGGAGUCUCUGCUGCUGUCUCCAAAACGGCUGCUGCUCCUAUCGAGCGUGUGAAGCUUUUGAUCCAGAACCAGGAUGAGAUGAUUAAGACUGGUCGGCUCUCUGAGCCCUACAAGGGAAUUGGAGACUGUUUCAGUCGAACAAUAAAGGAGGAAGGAACCAUGUCAUUGUGGAGAGGGAACACUGCUAACGUCAUUCGCUACUUCCCUACUCAGGCCUUGAACUUUGCAUUCAAGGACUACUUCAAGCGGCUGUUUAAUUUCAAGAAAGACAGAGACGGUUACUGGAAAUGGUUUGCUGGCAACUUAGCAUCUGGUGGUGCUGCGGGUGCCUCUUCCCUUCUCUUUGUCUACUCCUUGGAUUAUGCCCGAACCCGUUUGGCGAACGAUGCAAAGGCAGCGAAGAAGGGAGGGGAAAGGCAAUUCAACGGCUUGGUUGAUGUUUACAGGAAGACUCUCAAGUCGGAUGGCCUUGCUGGACUCUACCGUGGGUUCAACAUUUCAUGUGUUGGAAUCAUAGUUUAUCGUGGUCUCUACUUUGGAAUGUAUGAUUCUCUGAAGCCAGUAGUUUUGACCGGGAAGAUGCAGGAUAGCUUUUUUGCGAGUUUUGCCCUUGGUUGGGUGAUCACGAAUGGUGCUGGCCUUGCAUCCUACCCAAUUGACACUGUCCGUAGAAGGAUGAUGAUGACCUCCGGUGAAGCUGUUAAGUACAAGAGCUCGAUGGAUGCCUUCUCUCAGAUCCUGAAGAAUGAGGGGGCCAAAUCCCUGUUCAAAGGUGCAGGUGCGAAUAUUCUCCGUGCAGUUGCGGGUGCUGGUGUGCUUGCUGGUUAUGACAAGUUACAGAUUAUUGUCUUUGGGAAGAAGUACGGCUCUGGCGGCGGCUAAUUUCUUCCUUUUGAUCUCUGUCAACCGAUGGUGAUGAAAAUGUUAGGUUUCUGCUUGAGAGUCUGGAUACAUGUCUCUUAGGUGAUUUUUCCAUGGAAUAAUUUUAGCUUCAGCAGGUAUUCAUCCUGCAUUUUAUUUUAUUUUUUUACUGAAAUUUUGUUAUUUAAAACCUUUUUAUUGUAGUUGGGAGCACGUGCUUUCCAUAUGAGUCCUCCAUGAAGGAGUUAUGCUUACAAACAUUUCAUUGCUUUAAUCAUAGCUGAACUAUCCUUUUG